CUCCCAAAAUAUUGCCUACCAAGGUGCCCGUUGUUCUAUAUAAUAAACUUUGGUAAGGAAAAUGUAUGCUCAAGUUUCAGCAGUAGCUUCCCCAACCAAAAAUGAUAUGCCACAAACUGUUCGUCGAUCAGCAAAUUAUCAACCUAGCAUUUGGGGUGAUCGUUUCCUCACAUAUGGUGCUGAGUUCUUGGAAACUGAGGACAAUUUGAAGCAACAAGUUCAAGAAUUGAAGGAAGAGGUGUGGUCAAUGCUAACAUCUCCAGUUGAGAAGCCCUCACAAAAACUAAACUUGAUUGAUGCACUUCAGCGCUUAGGCGUGUCUUACCAUUUUGAAAAUGAAAUUGAAGAAACUUUGCAACAAUUACAUAUGACGCUUCAUGAUAGUGAUGACCAAGAAAAUGAUGAUGACCUUUAUAUUGUUGCUCUCCAAUUUCGAUUACUUAGACAACAAGGCUAUAACAUUUCAAGUGAAAAGUUCACCAAGUUCAAGGAUAGCAAGGGGAAUUUCAAAGAAUCACUUAUCGAUGAAACGCGGGCAAUGUUAAGCUUGUAUGAGGCCACACAUGUCAGGGUCCACGGGGAAGAUAUACUAGAUGAAGCUCUUAUAUUCACUACCACACAUCUUGAGUUUGUAGCAUCAAACUUAAGCACUCCACUAGCUGCACAAGUAAGCCAUGCCUUAAAGCAACCUAUCCGCAAAGGACUACCAAGGUUAGAGGCAAGGCAUUACUUUUCUAUCUACCAAGAAGAUCCUUCACAUGAUAAAGUUCUUCUUACCUUUGCAAAGUUAGAUUUCAACCUAUUGCAGAAAAUGCACCAGAAAGAACUUUCUGAUAUUGCAAGGUGGUGGAAAGAGCUAAACUUUUCCAAGAAGUUGCCCUUCAUUAGAGACAGAGUGAUUGAGUGUUACUUCUGGAUAUUGGGAGUGUACUUCGAGCCUAAAUAUUUCCUUGCUAGAAGAAUACUAACCAAAGUGAUAGCCAUGACCUCGAUUAUUGAUGACAUCUAUGAUGUGUAUGGCACACUUGAAGAGAUUGAGGUCUUUACUAAAGCAAUCGAGAGGUGGGACAUUAGUGCCACUGAUCAACUUCCGGAGUACAUGAAAGUGUGUUACAAAGCACUCCUAGACGUUUAUUGUGAGAUGGAAGAAAAAAUAGGUGAAGGAAGAUCAUACCGCAUUAGACAUGCAAUAGAAGCAAUGAAGAAUCAAGUUCGAGCUUACUUUGAUGAAGCCAAAUGGUUCCACCAAAAUCACAUACCAACAAUGGACGAAUAUAUGCAGAUUUCACUUGUUACAAGUGGCUAUCCAAUGUUAGCAACCACAUCGUUGGUUGGAAUGGGAGACGUUGUUCCAAAUGAUUGCUUCGAGUGGGUGUCUAGCAACCCCAAAAUAGUCACAGCCUCUGCAGUGGUUAGUAGACUAAUGGAUGACAUAGUGUCACAUAAGUUUGAGCAAGCUAGAGGGCAUGUUGCUUCAGCUGUUGAAUGUUACAUGGCACAAUUUGGUGCAACAGAAGAAGAAGCAAUCAAUGAGUUUCGUAAACAAGUUACAGAUGCAUGGAAGGACAUAAACAAAGAGUGCCUCUACCCAACUACUGUCCCCAUGCCAGUUUUGAUGCGAAUUGUCAACCUUUCACGUGUGAUGGAUGUCGUGUAUAAGGACCAAGAUGGCUACACAAAUGCUGGAAUUGUGCUCAAAGAUUUCAUAAGGUCUAUGCUCAUUGAUCCUGUACCGUUAUAAGCAUGGACCUAUGCAAUAUUGCAAAAACAAUAAUUUGAUAUGGUUAUGUUUCAUGUGUA